AACGACAGGCUUGUGUGUGAUUGUAGUUCAAGGAGGAGGAAGACGAAAAUGGAAAUUGAGAAACGAACCAUCCAUUGAAAAGUGUAUCUUUUGAAGAUCACUUUAUUGCCAUUCAUCGUCCAUAGCUUGAUCGUUGCAGAUAACAAGUGGAAGCGGGUGUAAAAUGAGGUGAAUUCGCUCAAAAGUGCUCAGUCGCAGCGUCGAAAUUGUAGUGUUUAUAUGUGGUAAUCCUUCGCUAAACUCUUGUUAGUGGAGAAAAAAAAGUUGAGGUCAAGAAAUUCUACAUAUUACUGGUGUGUUCGUGUUUCUUUGUGAAUUGAAGGUGACGGUGCUCACGAUCAGAAGGUGCCAAAAAUAAAGCGAAAAUUUGCUCGAGGUUGAAACAAUGGAUGACGAGGAUAUCGUGCGGAGCAGAUUGUAUAUGUAAGAGUUUUGCUGUCGACCUGCACACUAGACAAUGUAGUGAAAAAGAGAGCGCAAGUUACAUGGGUACGAAACAAAAAAUAAUGACAUCAGCUUCAACAUCAUUCAUCAAUAUGAGAAAAUUUUGUAUAAUGGAAUGUUAUACGCAAAUAACAGUACAUCAAUUUUGAUGUGUGGAAUGGAUUCCGUGGGGAAGCCGCAGUGCAAUAUAGAAGCCACCAAUUCAGCGAGAAAAUCAGCUAUGGACUGUGAAGUGGAGCCGGAGAAGGGCGAUUUGAGUCCGGAAAAUUCUAAGAAAAGUGAUAGUUCCCCGUUGGACACCGAUGAAACAGGUUGUCCAACAGUGGCACAGGAAUGUCUGGAUAGGAAGAAAAUGUUGCAAGAUAACUGUUGUUUAACUAGUAGAACUGGGGAGGGCAGUGUUAAUAAAAGUGUGUCGAUGCAUGAAAUUAAAAGGAACGAACGGAGUGCGAGUGAAGAUUUAGAAGUACGAAACGCAUUAGCUUUUACGAUUGAUUUCGGCGAUGGUCGUAAAUCAGUGGAUACCCAGCGGCAUGAGAAAAUGCUCGAACGCUUCCAGAACCGCCACAAGAGAGGUGUUUCUCUGUCAAAGUUGGAAGGAGAUUCUGUCACAGCUGCGGGCAAAAUGAAAACUCCCCAGAGUGUUAAUCUUCCGCGUAGGAAUAAGUUCACAACGUCGGAUAAUUCUAAUACAGAAGUAAAGCUUCGAGAUAAGAGCAAAGCGAUGAAAGAAUCUGCUGGUAAACGGCACAGCUGGAGUCCACGAACAAGUAUGACGGAAAACGCCGUGAGGGAUCCGACAAGACAGAUGCGAAAUGCUGGCAAAUUUUUACCGAAGUCAGCUGCGUUACAGACGGCUUUCGAGCAGCAGAACGCGAUGAAAGAUUCCUGUUCUAGUUCCGAGUUUAACGCCGAAAGUUUGGAUUCUUCGAUAGGUUUACAUUGUAUCGGGCCACCGUUGGAGAACUUUAAAACCGAAGAUAACGACGAUAGCGUGAGUGAAGCCGGAACGUACACUUUGGAUGGAGAUAAUUAUACCGAAGAACAAAAAGAACGGAUGAACAUAGAUCGAAUGCCAACAGUUUCACAAGAGUCGAAUGUGCUUUUCACAUCGGGACCUAGUAUAGUAAAUCCUCCUAAGCGGCCAACAUGCUUUCAAGAAGAAUUGGAAGUUAUAGACUUAGAGCGCCCUAGCUCCGGUAAAAUGAACGAACGACGUAAGAAUAACAUUCUUGAGGUUGCCUUUUUCCACGAGCCAACCUGUGCACCUCCAGUAAAAUCGAAACAAUCAUAUCUUGAGAAAAUUAAGUCGAGAAUGAAAAAUAUAACCCAUAGAUCGAAAUCCCCCGAUAAGAACAUACAGACACAGCACAUGAAUUCGCCCGACCAGGGUACUUUCACUUCGGUAACAACUAGUGGCAUACUAAGUAUUAAGCCAACCUUGCAAAAUCAGCCGCUAGUACUUAGGCGAAACAGUUUGACAAAGUCGCACAUUGAUAGUUCUGAAUACGUCCAAGGAGUGGCAAAACUUAACAUCCACAAAACAAAAGAGGAUAAAAUUCUAAAUUGUUACACCGAUUCGGAGAAAGCGAAUGUGUUGUCCGACUACAAUGCCCACCAGGACAGCACACGACAUCAGACGAAUUCGGAUGCUUCCGCUAUCAGCUCGGUCGUAAGUAAAAAAGACUGGAUUCAGGAAUGGGCUAAAAACGCACGAGAAUAUUCUAAGAAGCCAACGCCCAACUGCAGCAACGUGAAUGUAGACACUCAAAUGACGCGAAGUUUUAAUUGUGAUAAUCGAAACCAGUUUGGGUACGAUUUCGAUAUCGAUAUGACUAAGAGUGACUACUAUGACGCCAAAAAGUACGACGAGUUUGGGGAUAAUUUGGACCGGCAGCAUUUGCACCGGAAGCAGUUGGAGCGAUUGUUGAAUCACACCAGCAGCAGCAGCAGUGACCCAUCGCUUAAGCAAGCCUGUGGCGCCGAAGUGGGUUACAACGAGUUUACGCGCCGUGGCAGCAUUCGGCAGUACACCGCACCAAAUACAGCGAAACCGCCCAUGAGUCCGAGUAAAAUUCCGUCACCGAUCGGUUCCGUUGGUCGAGCCAGAAGCGUCAGCAGGAACCGAAGUCUGCAGGGUAGCAAUUCGGAUUUGUCCACCAAUGAGACUGAAAUGUAUCUUCAAAAGACUGCUGCGGCUAUCUCAACGUUACAGAAUCUGCACAGGCGGAACUCGAUGCGUGGUUCUUCUGUGCAGAACUCUUCACAGUCCAGUCCCCUUAGUCCGGCGUCCCGUCGAAUAUCUCCGAAAAUGUCGCCGAUGAACUCGCUCCAAUCACCAGUACAUAACUUUUAUCAGGAUAAGCAUCACAUCGAUAGUCAAGUUUACUCACCGCAGCAUCAGCAGAUACGCCACUUGAAGCAUCAGCAGCAGCAGCAGAACAUUUUGAAUCACAAACGGAAUCUCUCGCUUGACGGAUCAGAGUCGUACGGGAAUGCGCUCUCGCAAGUGAAUUUCGGAAACCAAAUGAGCAACAGUUUCCACACAGAUAACAUAAAUGCAAUAUUAGAUUUUAAGAAGCAACAUACAAGGCACAAUUCUUUUGAAGGAAUGGCGGCGCUGCCGCCUAAACCGAUGAAAUGUUUUCAAACCUAUGACCAGCCAACUACCUUUUAUAACACGCAAGCCAACGAUAAUCGCAACGAAAUGAAAUAUAAUGUUGAGGACGAGGAUGACGACGAUGAUGAUGAUGAGCAGUUAAUUGUCGUUACAACAGGUUUUGACAACUUGUCGCUAGCCACAAAAAACAGUAACAUCCCAUCGGUCAAGCAAUUCUCCAAAACUCAACCAAACAGGAAUCCUCCUAUGCACGCAAAAGCAACACAAAGUGUCGCAACUAGGGCUUCGACCAACAAACCAACGCCGGUUCAAAUGUCUUCUCCGAUAAAGCGAUCAAGUUCUUUCUCCGUGAAGGCUAUGAAGCCAAUUACCCCAACAAUGACACCAAAAGUAGGCCUAAAAUCGGCCGGUGGGGGAACGAAAAUUCAAAAGUCAGCUAGUAGCACUAGUUUUAAAAAAAUAGUUGCCAACUAUAACGACGAUGAAGACGAGUUUUACAUAAACGAUGACGAUGACCUAGAGCUAGGUCCAGAAUACUCCUCGAAUUCCGAGUUUAGUGAUAAGGAUGACGAAGCGGCUGAAGCAAACAAAGAGCCUAUAACGAACACGCGAUACAACAAAACGUUCCUAAUGCGAAUGGAACAGAAUAAAAAGAUUGCAGCCGGAGUUAAGCAUGGGGUAGCGGCGUGCCCGAACACACCGGAGUUGCCUCGGCGAUCACUACAGGUGGGUGCCGGUGCACGGGAACGUGCAUCAAUGCCGCGAGAUUCGAGCUUGAACCGCAUGAAACAGGAUAUGCACGUAGCGCGCAAAUCUGCAAGUAAAGAAAUUACCUCAAGGGAAUCGACCCCGGCGGCAGCCAGUAGCAAGCAGAAAGUUCAACCGAAAUAUUUGGAUAUUUCAAAGUAUAAAACACCAGGCGGUGGAAAUUUUUUGAAAAAGGAUGAAUCAAAAAGUUAUCUGGUCAAAUCGGAGGUGAAGAAAAGUCCUAGCAGUGCUACGGUAGCGCUGAGCCGAAACGAACCGAACCGAGUUAGUACUAGAAGCGUUAAAUCUGCGACCCCAAAAGCGACAGCGGGUAAAAAAGAUGCUCAAAAAAAUGCAAAGGAACAGGAGCUGGAAAUGUGGCGAAGACGGGCCAGCUACGAUCCCAUGAAAGCCGCCAUGGAGGGUAAAAAGAAGCAGGAAGAAGCGCGCCGCCAGGCUCAACAACAAGUGGAACGUUUAAGUAAAUUCAAUGAAAGCUCAGUAUUAAGAUCGCAAUCAUACCAUAGUGGUGUCGGAAGUGGAGCAGGACGAUUAUUCCACCCAGGUAAUCCAGAUGACAGUAACAGUCAGGGCAGUCAGGUUAGCGAUCACUGGACUGUUGAAUCAAGCGAUGACUAUGAUGACGAGUGAAACGUAUCAUUCGAGGAAACAGUCGUAGGAUGGCAGUAGUGUAGCUUCUGAAACAUUUUACCCACAGUAAUCUACUUCUGAAUCGCAGAAUUCAUGUCAAUCAUUGUUAAGGCGCAUUUCAUUUUGCCAGAUAGGAUGCAAUAUAGGUUUAAAUGUUUUAUUCAUAUAACGGAAGAAGGGAAAAACUAAUUAAGUUUCCAAGUCACGUAUUGAAUAUUUCUUUAAGUUUAUAAAAUAAUUAGUGCAAAUGUACAUCCUCUUUUUUCAGAAAGUAUUCUUGCGCAAUCUCGCUAACCAUCCUCGUUGUCUAUAUCAUCUUGUUGUCUAGAAAAUUUUAUGUUUAUAAUAAGCAAGAAGCAAAUUCCUAAAGUAACAGUUGAAAGCGAUGAAAGAAUAUGCUAACAACACCACUACCUAUUUUUUCAAGUAGUUAUUGCAGUGUUGUUUCCAGUUUAAAUAGCCGCGGCAAAAACUGAAUGUUAUUUCAACAUUUAUUUACUAUUCGUUUUCGUGACAUGCGUUUUCCAUAGAGGAAAGCUUACUCAUGUAACUAUAAAUCAACAUAACCAUACCACCGUCGUAGACCAAGUUACGCAAUAGUGCAUAACAGUUUAUCAGAAAUAAUCAGAAUAACCCUUUGGAUGUCCAGAGAAAUGAGGUCAAAUUUCAUUGCCAAACGCUCUUCAUAGUGCAUAGAAAAGUUAGUGAUUUUCUAAAAAGAGAAAAUGACGAUAAUUAGAGGUAAAAAGUCAAAACCAAUUGCUCCGUUUCGGAUGUUCCGAUUGUAGCCAAUAAUUGUUCUUGUAAUCUAUCAACGUUCGUAAUGUAUCUAGUGACUAAAAACAAGGAGGAGUUUCAGGAGAAGUGCAAUGUUUGAGAGCUCCAAAUGUCGGCCUGAUUUUUGGCCGAAAUUUGUGCAGCUGAGUGCUUGAAAAGAGCUCGAUCACAAAGUGUUUAUCAAAAUUUGUGAGCAAAAAGCGAUAAUUAAAAAAAUUGUAAAACAAACCUAAAUGAUAGAACUUUUUGUCCUAAUAAAUAGAGCAUACGACUCAAAUUUUUUUUUUAAAUUAUGUAGAAUUAUUUUCCAACAUUUUUUUCUAAAACUAAUUAGAGUUCGUUGAGGACAAUCAGUUUUUUACCUCUGUUGUGUUUUUGCAGAUAUGAGUUUUACAGCAAUGUGAAAAACUAUUAUUUUUUUAUUAUACCUCAACCACAUCGAGAAGUGUUAAACACUCGCAAUUUCUUGAUGCGAUAUGACGUACUAUCAUAAAAAAUAUCAGCAACUGUUUGAAUUCUAUGCAGGAAAUAUAAGUUUGGCACAAAAACGGCAUUCUGACUGCGAAGUGUAUUUGUUCUAUCAUUGCAAAAAACUUCGCAAAACAUUGUAUUUAACCUUGUAUCGUAAACAAAAACGCUUUGCUUCUGAAUCCUGUUUUUCCUGGCGCGAGUUAAUGGAACAAUUUUGAAGUGUUUUUCUAGAGGGCAGAAAGAUAUGAAAUUAGAAAAAAAGCUUGCCUAAAUUCAUCCUACAGUAUAACCCGAUUUCAGAAUGUUAAGUUAAGACUCUUGCUGCUUACGUUUGUUAUCAUCAGAAUAAUAUGCAUUACUGAUAAGUAAUUUUUAAACUUGUUAUUUUGAUAAGUCAUACAACACACUUUAAAGUGGCAUUAUACUGUGGUACUCUUUUAGAUUUCCCUCCUGAUUUAGAACAAGCACAUACUCUAACAAUCGAUGCUUUACUGUUAAAAUCGAGUUGCUGCAAUGAAAGCUUAUUUAAAAUUUGUUCUUCGCUGUAAUUGUGUGGACAAACAUAUACCGUCGCAAUCCGUAACUAUUUGCUUUAGCCCACGCGCUGCAUACUGAAAAAUAGAGUGUAAAUUGUGCGAAACUUUGUACGAAAGAAAAAAAAUGAAACGAACUGACUAAGUUAACUGAUAGAUUACUAGGAUUCAAUUAUUUUAGCAGCAGAAAUUAUUUUUUUCGUUGAAAUAAUGUCAGGUAGAUUAACUAAUUAUUAGUGUAUAUGCAAAUAAGAUUUGUUUAUAUGAAGUGUACGAAUAUCAUGCAGACAAUUGUUUGUCAAAGGAUUGUUGUAAACAGUUCUAUUCCAAAAU